AUGCCCGAAGAGUUCUUUACCAAGGAGGUCAGCGCCAUGGCGCUGGAGUACCUGGUCAAUGAAGCGGUGGCACUGUCUGUGCGCGUAGACGAGCUGCUGGCCAGCGACAGCGUGCCUGGGACGCUUGCGGGCGACUUAGCAGGACUCAAGCUGGAACAGGACAAACCAGGAACCGUGGACUUUGCAUCAAGCCCCAAGUUUCUGGGCCUCAACAAUUUGUAUCGCGUGGAGAAAUACGGCUACGAAAUUGGAUACAAGAUCACAGACUGCAUCAUUUACAAGAAAUCAGUCCAGGAAGGAGUCAACAUCCAGCUGCUGGAGGUGCUGGAGGUGAUGAAAUUUAUAUGCCGCGAUGUGUGGCGAAUGUUUUACCUCAAACAGAUGGACAACCUGCGCACGAACCACAUCGGCACGUUUGUGCUUGUGGACAACAAUUUCCGUCCGCUGAUCAACGUCUCCAGCGCACAAGGCGACGCAGACACCAUACGCAAAGUCCAGCCGUAUUUACAGCUGCCGUGCGGGCUUAUCCGCGGCAUUCUUGCCAGUCUGGGCAUCAGCGCCGUCGUCAAGGCGGACGUCAUCGAGAACCGGCUCCCAGCGGUCUCGUUCAACGUGCAAACCUCGCUCGCCAAGUAG